AAUGAUAUCAACAAAAAUAUAACACGCUGAGCAUGAGGCUGCAUUAUUCAAGAAACAAUCCAUCAACCAAACAUAAAAACCUAAGCAAAGAUUUGGAAUACAAAGUAGGUAAGACCCAAAUAAAAUAUUUUGAUAAAACAAGGGUUGAGAGGUUCUAAAACUUGGUUCCAGUCAGUGUGAAUCUUUCAAUGUACACACCAGAUCAAUCCUUAGUUUUCUUAAAUCGGUUAGAAGAAGUUUUCCAAUCAUGGAUUUUGGUGCAAGGUCUCUAUCAGCAUUUAGACAUGGAGAGAAGUUUAUCAGCACAUAAACUAAACUCAAACUCCAUUAGAAUAUACACUCAAUAACAAGAUAAGUUUGAUCAAACACUAAACAAUCAAUCUCGCUCCCUCUCUAGUUGCAACUCCCUCUAUAUAUACGAGGAAAGAAGGCUUCAUCCUUUGCUGCAUGAAUAUACCAGUAUGAUGAACACCUGUGGUUCUCUCCUAAGAGAGCUUGAGGAAAUAUGGCAGGAGAUGGGAGAAAGCAAAGAAGACAAAGACAGGAUGUUGUUGGAGUUGGAGAAGGAGUGUCUGCAAGUGUACAGGAAGAAGUUUGAAGAAGUAAGCAGAGUAAGAGCACAACUUCACCAUGAAGUGGCAACAAAAGAAGCAGAGCUUGCAGCUCUCAUGGCAUCACUUGGGGAGCACAAUCUCCAAUCCCAGAUGGAGAAGAGAUCAGCUUCACUGAAGAAACAACUUGCUGUGAUUAGCCCUUUACUGGAAAAUCUUAGAAUCAAGAAAGAGGAACGCAUGAAACAAUUUUCAGAUGUGCUAUUGGAAAUGAAGAAGCUCAAUGCCGAGAUAGCAGGAUAUAGCAGUCACAAUGAUAGCCUUAGAUUAGAUGAACAUGAUUUGUCAUCUCGGAGACUAAAUGAAUUCCGAGCACAACUUCAAAUCCUUCAGAAGGAGAAGUCUGAUCGCCUUAGCAAGGUUCUGGAGUACAUAAAUGAAGUUCAUUCACUGUGUGGUGUGCUGGAACUGGACUUUGGGAAGAUUGUAGAUGAAGUGCAUCCCAGUCUGCAAGAGAAGGGGAGAGGGAAAUCAACUAGUAUCAGUGAUUCCACUAUAGAAGGCCUAGCUCAAACAGUUUUGAAGUUGAAGACAGAAAAACAAGUUCGAAUGCAGAAGUUGCAAGGAGCCAUUGAAUCGUUACUGAAAUUGUGGAAUUUGAUGGAAACAUCAGAACAAGAAAGGUUGCCUUUUAAAAGAUUCAAAGGCAUCCUCGGAUCCAAAGAUCAGGAUGCUGUGCUUUCUGGUCUACUAUCGGUAAAAUUAAUUGAACAGACUGAAGCUGAGGUUGAAAGAUUGACAAGAAUAAAAGCUAGCAGGAUGAAAGAAAUUGCGACAAGGAGAAGAGCAGAGUUAGAAGAGAUAUGUAGAGAAGCACGCAUAGAAGUAGACUCGAGCACUUCACUAGAGAAGUGCUAUGCAUUAAUAGACUCUGGACUAGUUGAUCCUGUUGAACUUGUGGCCAACUUCGAGGCUCAGAUAGUAAAAGCAAGCGAAGAGGCUAUAAGCAGGAGAGAAAUAUUGGACAAGAUAAACAGAUGGCUUGCAGUUUGUGAUGAAGAAAAUUGGCUGGAAAUUUAUAACAAGGAUGGGAACAGAUACGGAGGAAGAGGUGCUCAUGUGAAUCGAAAGCGUGCAGAGAAGGCAAGGAUGCUUGUCAGCAAAAUUCCAGAUAUGGUUGAUAAUCUUAUUGCAAAAACUUAUGCAUGGGAAGAUGAGCAUGACAUGGGCUUUCUAUACGAUGGGGUUCGACUGGUGUCCAUUUUGGAGGAAUAUAAACAUGCAAGAUUACAGAAAUACGAGGAAGAACAACUACUACGGGAUAGCAGAAAAUUACAAAGAGAAUCAGUAUUCGAAUCGAAAUCAAGCCCUCGAAGGAGUAACAAUCAAAAUAGAACAAGAAGCUGGUACAAUGGCAAUGGCAAUGGCAAUGGAUAUAUGAACUCCCCAUCCAGACAAAAUUUCAGUAAUGGGACUAUAGAACAACUCACACCACCACACUCUUACUCAAGUCCAAAGAAAAACUACUUCAAGGAGAUGAUGACAAGGUUAUCAACAACAACAAAGUUCAACCAAAGUAAACUCCGGAUUUAAAUUAAACCCUCAUCACACUCUAAAUAAUCAGGUGAGUUUCACAGUCCAAUAUUCCUCCUUUGUAUGAUUAUCCCAAUGAAAAAUUACUUGUAUCCAUGCUACUUUUAAUCCAUUUACUAUUCAAUGAAAUCCAGUAGAAAAUUCAAAAAAUAAAAAUAAAAA